GCGCACAGAGGAUAAUGGGCGUGUGAGUAGCGCGCCGUGAAUAUUAUCCACACCUGAUACCAGUGGUAAUGCGCUCAUGGGGUCCGAGCAGGUGGAGAUGGGGAAAUGUCCAGAACAGGACACUGGAAAUGCCGUCCAGACGCAUAUGGCUUCUUCCAACAAAGAUAUGCAGGACAACGUAAAUAGGUACACUCUCGGUUGGCUCAAUGCACCUCCAAAUGCUUGCUGCUUCUGUUGGUGCUGUUGCUGUAGCUGCUCCUGUCUUACAGUAAGACCUUCUAAGGCAGAGGCAGAAAAGAUUCAGAAGAUAAAUGAAAAACAAAUUGAAGCAACAGUUCAGGAACCAGCUGCUCCAUCACUAGAGGAGACACAAUCAUGGGCAAAAUCAUUCGAACACUUGAUUAAGAGCCCGAAUGGCCGGAACAGUUUCCGUCAUUUCCUUAAGAGUGAGUUCAGUGAGGAAAACCUGUUGUUCUGGCUGGCCUGUGAGGAUCUAAAGAAAGAGACCAACAGAACUGUAGUGGAACAGACUGUUAAGCAAAUAUAUGAGGACUACGUCUCUGUGCUGUCACCUAGAGAGGUGAGUCUGGAUUCCCAUGCACGGGAGGUGAUUAGCAAGAACAUGCUGAACCCGUCCUCUCAAACCUUUGAUGAGGCACAGCAGCAAAUAUACACACUCAUGCAACGAGACUCAUAUCCUCGCUACAUGAGCUCCAGUGUUUAUGCAGACCUUAUUGCAAGUUUGGAAACAGCUAAAACAGAAGAGUCCUAACACACAUGCACAUACAGAGCAUUGAUCUAUCUAGAGCUCUAUCUAUAUAACUGUCUCUCUCUCUCUCUCUCUCUCUCUCUCUCUCUCUCACACACACACACACACACACACACACACACACUCACACACUCUAUCUUUUUGUCUGUAUCUCAUUCUCACUAUCAGACUACAUUCAUACGCCAUUUUACACUGCCCCUUGACCACACUCAUUUUCCAGUGUCCUGAUGUACUGUUACAUUGUUCUGGACUUUUGUAACACUUUGAGUCCACUAAGUUAUUAGUUAGUGGUUAAACGGAAAACAACAGUAUCUGGCUCUGAUUUUAGCGUUGGAAGGAUUGUAUAUAAAUAUUUAAAUGAGAUAAAGAUAUAUUUGAAUAUUUGUCUGCCUCUGGUGUGCAACAGGUACUGAAAUGGCAGAUGAACACUUGUGCCUUGCUAUAAAUACAGAGAAUCUAUAUUAGGAUAUAUAUAACAAAUCAAUUAUAGUAGAACAGAACAAAAGUAAUGACUACAUUUAAAACAUUACAAUUUAUGUACGUCUCUUUCACACACUCUCUCUCUCUCUUUCACACACACGCACACGCACACACACACACACAUACACACACUCACACACACACACACACACACACACACACACACUAUAGAACAUCUGAAAUAGGACUUGGACCAAUAAAGUUAAGUUUUGUGAUUUAUUUAUUACUACAUGCAUGUUUUUGAAGUUCAGAGGAUGCAUUUGAUAUGUUCACUUGUGU